CGUAUCUCUUCUUAAAUUUCACGCCCAAGAACCUAUAUAAGAAGACACCUUCACACCUUCCACAACACAAAACAGAGCAUAGCUAGCAACAACAAGGUGUCAAGGUCUUAUAGUUUAAGACUUUUUUUUUUCUUUUUCUUAAGAGUGAAUCAAAUAGUUCUUGAGAGAAAAUGGAUAACGUGAGUGUUUUGGCAAAGGGAGAGAACCAACUGAACGGAGAGAAGCCCCCACCGGAAGUGUGUGCAAGGUGUAGCUCUAACAACACAAAGUUCUGCUACUAUAACAACUAUAGCAUGUCUCAGCCGCGCUACUUCUGCAAGGAAUGUCGUCGAUACUGGACUCAAGGUGGGACUUUGAGGAACGUCCCGGUUGGUGGAGGUUGCCGUAAGCCCAAGCGUCCAAGGAUAGAACACUCCUCUGUUUCUCAGGUGGCUUCCUUUGAGAACCAACCAGUUAAUCAUCAACCUUUCAGACUUGUUCAUGAAAACAACGAGUCUGUUGGACUUUUUGGUGGUUCUACUUCUUCUUCCUCUUCUCCUGCUGCUGUUGCUGCCGUUCUUGGGAAGCAUUUGGGUUAUUUGGCUGAGUUUCGUGGUGUAACCAAUGUGCCUCAAGUUCGAGGUCUUCGACCUGUACUGCUGGAUCGCUUGGAUUUUGGUGAGGACUCGUUUCAACAAGAUUUUUACGAUUUUGGCAAUGAUUUGAUUGGUAAUCCUUUUAUCAACCAAUCAAUUGGUGGUGGAUAUGCUAAUAAUCAUAACAGUUAUUUCAUAAAUCAAGUGCAUCAGCAAGUGGAACCAAAGCUUUGACAACACUAUGAAUGUGAAUCAUGAAGCAAGCUCUAGUGGAAGCAGAGGAUCUUCCGACACCGAGACGAACAGCAACAACAACAACAACAACAAAGAUCAGAAGCACCUGUUUGAUUAGAUCUUCUUAACAAUUUGGAAAAAACAUGGUCCUUGAAUUUAUCGUAUUACAUGUUCUCUAUGUCUUAAGUUAAUGUUUCGUUCUGUUUUUUUUUUUGUUGGGUCUUUUUUAGUUCUUUAAGUUUGCAUCUUUGUA